GCGUCUUUCGACUCUUCUUCAACUUUGUUGCUACUUUGAUCCCUCUCUGAACCCACUUUCAUUGCAUUGUGUCAAUCUGUUAUCAAUCAAUCAUGUCAGGAAGUGCCUCCCCAUCAGUUUUGGUCUUAUUUUUGUGCAUCUCUGGUGUAGCACAAGCUCAAGUUUCUGCUCCUGCUCCUGCUCCUCAACCUCAAGCUACUAAUGCCACCACUGACCCAUCUCAAGCAAGAGUUUUGAAUUCAGUGUUUGAGAAAUGGAAGAUUCGGGCCGAUCCAAAGCAAUGGAACACAACCGGAGACCCAUGCAGUGGAGCUGCCAUAGACUCCACCAGUCACUCCACCAAAUUUGAUGACCCCGCUUACAACCCCUUUAUCAUAUGUGACUGCUCUUAUCAAUCCGGCACCAUUUGCCACAUUACCCAACUGAAAGUUCAGAACUUGGGAGUUGUUGGUGUAAUUCCAGACGAGUUAUGGAGUUUGACUUCCCUCACCAAUCUGAAUUUGGAAAGGAAUUCCCUGACAGGACCUCUCUCUGCAGCCAUUGCAAAUCUAACUGGCUUGCAAUACUUUACUAUUGGCAUCAACGAUUUAUCAGGCGAGAUACCAAAAGAACUUGGACAACUUACUGAACUGAGAUCAUUGGCUUUUGGGAGAAACAACUUUUCGGGUUCUCUGCCAUCUGAGCUAGGGAAUUUAUUCAAAUUACAACAGCUUUACGUUGAUAGUUGUGGAGUUAGCGGUGAGAUUCCACCAACAUUUGCUGAUCUACAAAACUUGGAGAUUUUUUCGGCUAGAAACGUUGAACUCUCAGGCAGGAUACCAGACUUCGUAGGGAAUUGGUCAAAGCUUACUACCUUGAGGUUUCAAGGAAACUCUUUCGAAGGUCCUAUACCAUUUGCAUUUUCCAAUCUGACUUCUAUGAAAGAGCUACGCAUUAGUGAUUUGUCGAAUGCCAAUGGGAGCUCUUCUCUUGCAUUUAUUGAGAAUAUGAAGGCUCUAAAUAUCUUAGAGCUGAGGAAUAACAAUAUUUCUGAUUCAAUUCCUUCCGAUUUUGGAGUAUACCAAAGUUUGUCGCAGCUGGAUUUGAGCUUCAACAAUUUAACUGGACAGAUACCAGACUCACUCUUUAAUUUGAGUUCUCUCUCCAUCUUGUUUCUUGGAAACAAUAAGUUGAAUGGCACCCUUCCCAAGUAUAAGACAGCAUCUCUUCUCAAUAUAGAUUUGUCGUACAAUUAUCUAGAUGGGAGCAUUCCUUCUUGGGUCAAAGAAGAAAAAUUACAGCUUAAUUUAGUUGCCAACAACUUCAGCAUAGAAAGUUUACAGAGCAGUGGUCUUCCUUCAGGGUUGGCUUGCCUUCAAAGAAACUUUCCUUGCAAUCGUGGCCCUGGAAUCUAUUAUAAUUUUGGGAUUAAUUGUGGAGGACCUGAGAUUACGUCUUCGUCCGAUGGGAUUGUGUAUGAGAAGGAAAAUGAGCCCCUUGGACCAGCUUCAUAUUUUGUGACUGGCACAACCAGAUGGGGAGUUAGCAAUGUCGGAUAUUUCGCUGGCAGUACCAAUGCUCAGUAUACAAGUUUCUCCUUAUCUCAAUUCACAAAUACUUUUGAUUCUGUGCUAUUCCAGACUGCAAGGCUCUCUGCUUCAUCAAUUAGAUACUUUGGCUUGGGGCUUGAGAAUGGUAAAUACACCGUGAACCUCAAGUUUGCAGAACAUGUCAUUCUGGCUGCUACUACCGGGAAAUUUCUUGGGAGACGUCUUUUUGAUAUUUAUAUCCAGGGCAUUCUGGUAUCAAAGGAUUUUGAUAUACUAAAGGAGGCAGGUAUGUCAUCUUUCGGAGCUGUUCAGAAGCCAUACACGGCUCGUGUUUCGGAGAACUACCUUGAAAUCCAUCUGUUUUGGGCUGGAAAGGGGACUUGCUGUAUACCUGAGCGGGGUACUUAUGGACCUGCUAUUGCAGCCAUCAGUGCUACACCGGAUUUCAUACCUACUGUCAGUAACAGCCUUCCAACUAGUAAGAAGAAUAGAACUGGGCUGAUUGUUGGGAUUGUUGUGGGUGGUGGAGUACUUUUGGUUCUGUUGUUUGUGGCUUUUUAUCUUAUUCAAAGAAGAAAAAGGUCUGACCCUGAUGAUGACGAAGAGCGGUAUGGGAUAGAUGUUGGACCACUUACUUUUGGUUAUCCUGAACUAAAGACAGCUACAAAUGACUUUGAUGAAGCUCAUAAGCUUGGAGAGGGAGGAUUUGGACCUGUCUAUAGAGGAACACUUAGUGAUGGAAGAGUAAUUGCUGUGAAGCAAUUGUCUGCAGCAUCCCACCAAGGAAAGAACCAGUUUGUAACUGAGAUUGCCACUAUAUCUGCUGUGCAACACAAUAACCUGGUAAAGUUGUACGGAUUCUGCACUGAGGGUGUUAAAAGGCUCCUUGUCUAUGAGUAUCUGGAGAACAACAGUCUUGAUCAAGCAUUAUUUGGAGAGAGAUGUUUAAAUCUUGAUUGGUCAACACGUUUUAAUAUAUGCUUGGGCAUAGCUAGAGGUUUAACUUAUCUUCAUGAAGAAUCAAGGGUUCGAAUUGUACACAGAGAUGUGAAGGCCAGUAAUAUUCUGCUUGACACUAAUCUCAUCCCCAAGAUAUCGGAUUUUGGUUUGGCUAAGCUUUUUGAUGAGAAAAAGACCCACAUAAGUACCCAUGUUGCGGGAACAAUUGGGUAUCUUGCACCUGAAUAUGCCAUGCGUGGACACCUUACAGAGAAGACUGAUGUCUUUGCCUUUGGUGUUCUGGCUCUUGAAAUUGUUAGUGGUAGGCCAAAUUCUGAUCCGAGUUUGGGUGAAGAAAUGACUUAUCUUCUCGAAUGGGCUUGGCAAUUGCAUGAAAACAGACGGGCAGUUGAACUAGUGGACUCUAGAUUAUCUGAAUUCAAUGAGGAAGAAGCACAACGAAUAAUCAAAAUAGGACUUUUGUGCACUCAAACAUCACCAAUGCUACGACCAUCCAUGUCCCGUGUAGUGGGAAUGCUUUCAGGAGAUAUGGAAGUGACAACAGUAACUUCAAAGCCCGGUUACUUGACAGACUGGAAGUUUGAUGAUUUAACUACAGUCACCAGCCUAACAGAACUGGACGGUGUAAGUAUUGUCACCAACAUGACUGAUAUAUAUGACGACUAGAGGAACUGAUUUUAGCUUCAACAACUCAUCAGCAAGUACAAGCAUAAUGGGGCAAUCACCUCCUAAUGCCAUUCAUUCUAUGUCUAAAAAUAAGGAAUCGAGUGGUACGUCCCUAAAUAGCGAUUGUUAUCAUUUUCUUUGAGGAGGGCGCGAGAAUAUACACGCAACUUUUGAUUCUUCAUGUAUAA